AUGACAUAUAAAAAACCUUUGUGUUUAGUAAUUGGUGCUGGUGGAGUUGGUGUUUUAACAGCCUAUUCCUUGUUUAAAGCAGAUAAAUCUAGAGUCGCUCUUGUAGUCAGAUCGGACUACGAAAAAUGUUUAUCUACUGGUUACAACAUUCAAUCUUGCGAUUAUGGUGAAAUUAAAAAUUGGAAGCCUGAUUUAAUAUACAGAUCGGUUGAAGAUGCCGCUAAAUCUGGUGAAUUUUUCGAUUAUAUUAUUGUUACCACUAAAAAUAUUCCUGAUGGUCCAUCUCCAGUUUAUGCUACAAUUAAGCCAGUAAUAAAGUCUAAUAUUAAAAAUUGGCCGUCCUUAAAUUCUUCAUGCAGUAUAGUUUUGAUUCAAAAUGGAAUUGAUAUUGAGCAUGAAGUUAUUGACCUGCUGCAUAGAGAAGGGUCUGCAAAAAACAAAUUCAACUUAUUAUCAGGUGUUCAAAUGAUCGGGUCUAUUAAAGUAGGACAAUGCGAAAUCAAGCAUCAAAGUAAAGAUUCUGUUUUAAUCGGACCAUUUGACCCCAAUGAUCAAGAAGCUGUUAAAAAGAGUCAUGAAUUUGUAAAGAUGUAUGAUACACCUGAAAAUUUCGUCACAUUUGAUCAUAAUGUUAGAUUUUCUAGAUGGAAAAAAUUGAUGUACAACGCUACAAUAAACACCAUGACAGCUAUUGUUCAUCUGGAUUAUUCAAGGUGUCUGGAAUUCGGUAAGAACACCACUGAGGCUGGUAUUAUUAGACCGGCUAUGAAUGAAAUUAUGGCUAUUGCCAAAUCAGAGGGCUACGAAAUUGAUCCAGAAACUGCAACUAUUUUAAUUGAAGCUGAUAGAGAUUUGGUUUAUAAACCAUCUAUGUUGGUUGAUGUAGAAAAAACGCAAUUAAUGGAGUUAGAAGUUAUUAUUGGUAACCCAUUAAAGGUGGCCAAGAAAAAUAAUGUUGCUACUCCAUCUUUGAAGAUGCUGUAUUAUUUAUUAGUCAUUAUCCAAGGAAGAAUAAAAGAAAAACAAGGUACCUUAAUUUUUGACGAAAAUACAGCCAGAGUUGUGCAAUAA